CCAAUUUGUUCAUUCCCAAAAAACGUACGCGCAGACAAAUACACGCAGUGUGUGUGCGCACACACACACACAAUACACGCACAUAAACACACACCAUAUACCAUACAUCUUCCGCCCAAGAACGCAUUCAUACAGAGUUAUGCAUUUCUCGUGAUCUGUGCGUAAGCCUGUGUGAUUAUUCUUCUUAAUCUUGGGGGUUGUUCUUGGUGGUCUGGUCCAAUCAUUCCCGCUUUUUUGUUUACCAAAACCCUCUCUUUUUGAUCACUCUGCAUUAUCUUUCUUGGAUCUGCAGAAGAAAAGAGAGAAAGAGAUGGGAACCCAUUUUCAGUGUGUGUGUAUUUUGCUGAAAAGAGAGUGAAAGUCCCGACUUUGAACCCUGCUUUAUUGGGAAAUUCGUAUGGGAAAAGCCCGUCAGGAUUUGGCAGCUUUCUGGGGUGAAUUCUCGAGUGUUUGAUUUUUGGAGUGGGGUUCCCAGGGGUGAAGUAAGAGUUUGUUUAUUGCAAAGACCUUUUAAUCUGAUGCUAAAACAAGCUUCCAGCAAAAUGGACAAAGACUUCUGACAGAAAUGGAUCCUCAAGCUUUUAUUAGGUUGUCAAUUGGGUCUUUGGGGAUUAGAAUUCCCGGGACAGCUCCUACUGCCGCAAAAUCUGGUAUUACUGCAUUCUCUUCUCCAUGUGUAUGUGAGAUUCGUCUUCGUGGCUUCCCUGUCCAGACAACACCAAUCCCCUUUAUAUCAUCUCCUGAAGCAACUCCUAAUUCUCACAGUGUUGCCUCAAGCUUUUAUCUCGAAGAGUCAGACUUGAAAGCCUUGUUGGCACCUGGAUGUUUCUAUGCCUCUCAUGCAUGUCUGGAGAUAGUGGUCUUUACAGGGAGGAAGGGCAGCCACUGCGGUGUUGGUACCAAAAGGCAGCAGAUUGGAGCAUUUAAAUUGAAUGUAGGUCCUGAAUGGGGCGAAGGAAAACCGGUUAUUCUUUUCAGUGGCUGGAUUGGCAUUGGCAAAAACAGGCAGGAGAGUGGAAAACCAGGGGCAGAGCUUCAUUUAAGGGUGAAGCUAGACCCUGAUCCAAGAUACGUGUUCCAAUUUGAAGAUGAGACUAAAUUAAGUCCACAAGUUGUUCAGCUUCAAGGCACCGUCAAGCAGCCCAUUUUCAGCUGCAAGUUUAGUCGGGACAGGGUAUCCCAGGUAGAUCCACUUAGCUCCUUCUGGUCAAGUUCAGGUGAUGGUUCCUACCAGGAUAUCGAGAGGAGAGAAAGGAAGGGGUGGAAGGUUAAGAUACAUGAUCUCUCUGGCUCGGCUGUUGCAGCAGCAUUCAUAACAACUCCUUUUGUUCCAUCAUCAGGUUGUGAUUGGGUUGCCAAAUCCAACCCAGGAGCCUGGUUGAUUGUCCGCCCUGAUGCAUGCAGGCCUGAGAGCUGGCAGCCAUGGGGAAAGCUCGAAGUAUGGCGUGAACGAGGAAUUCGAGAUUCUAUUUGCUUCCGCUUUCAUGUUUUCUCCGACGGACAGGAGGGUGGUGAAUUCCUCAUGUCCGAGUUAUUGAUCAAUGCGGAAAAGGGUGGGGAGUUCUUUAUAGAUACCGACCGCCAGAUUCGUGGUGCAGCAACUCCAGUGCCUAGUCCACAGAGCAGUGGAGAUUUUGCGGCACUGAGCCCGGUUACCGGUGGGUUUGUUAUGAGCUGUAGAGUGCAAGGGGAAGGCAAAUGCAGCAAGCCCCUGGUGCAGCUAGCCAUGAGACAUGUGACGUGUGUGGAGGAUGCAGCCAUUUUUAUGGCUCUUGCAGCUGCCGUUGAUCUUAGCAUUGAAGCUUGCAGACCUUUCCGUAGGAAGAUGCGAAUAGGCAGUCGUCAUUCUUGGUGAUACAUGCAUCUGAGAACAGUUGUUUUCUUGAGCCAAGAAUAGCUCCCUUUCAGAUUUUCCCCUAUUGUUGUAAGACAUUUUUGUACAGAAUGAACUUGGAUGUGCAAUUUGGAUUCUGGGCAACCCCAGUUGACGA